UUCCGGUGUGAGGCAGCUAGCUUGCGGGUGGUGUCGCGGCAGCGGGGUGACAGCUGAACGGGAGGUGGAGGAGCAGCAUCGCGGUCCGGAGCCUCAGCGACACUCGCUAACCAAAGUCCCGGUUUUAAAGAGCCGCACCGACACGUUAGUCUUAACCGCCGGGGGCCGGGUGUGACUCCACUAGCGGACGGUGACGCGGAUAUAAACGCAACCUCGGCUCCUUGUUUUUCCGCCGAGAGAGAACAGGGUCCGUGUCCGGAUGUGCCAGCCGUGUUGGGUGUUUCGCAUGGCGCAGGCACCUUUUUCCUGAAGCGGGGUAUCCUUCGUGUUCGCUGGGGUCGGAGGAGGCCCUCGGGUCGGCAGCUUGUCCCACUAUCGCCCCUCGUGUACGUCCGCAUUUACCGAUUUGUGGGAGGACAAACGACAUGAUUGAGUAAUAAGAAGAAGAAGAGGAAGAAGAAGAAGACGCACGUCCUGACUGAUCCAGAGAGAGACAGAGAGAGAGAGAGAGAGAAGAAGAAGAAGAAGAAGUCUCUGUGUUUUUGUUUCCUUCCUUUCAAAUCAACGUCGUGUGGUUCCAGAGGCUGUUUCAAGGGAGGAGGAGGACACAGGGAAUACUCGUGUCCUUGUGCAUGAGUGUGUGCGUGCGCGAGAGUGUGUGAACCCCCUCCGAGGACCGGGUCAACCUUCGAGAUGACGGGCAGCACCCCAGCGGACAUGAUAAACCUGCGGCUUAUUUUAGUCAGCGGGAAGACAAAAGAAUUCCUCUUCUCUCCAAAUGAGUCGGCUUCAGACAUCGCCAAACACGUCUACGAUAACUGGCCAAUGGACUGGGAGGAAGAGCAGGUCAGCAGUCCUAACAUCCUGAGGCUCAUCUACCAGGGACGUUUUCUACACGGCAACGUAACACUAGGAGCCCUCAAACUGCCCUUGGGGAAGACCACAGUGAUGCAUUUAGUUGCCAGAGAGACUUUGCCUGAGCCAAAUUCCCAAGGUCAGAGGAACAGAGAGAAGACCGGGGAGAGUAACUGCUGUGUCAUUCUGUAAAUACACACCUCCGCUGCCAGCCCUCUUAACCCCUCUCAUCGGCUCUCGCCCUCAACGUUCUGGACCCAAUGAGCUUGUCCCUGUCCUGUCCUGGAGUCUGUCCACCCUGCGGACAUGCACACAGACAAACACACACGCUCUCCUCCUCUUCUUCUUCUUCUUCCCUCUUUCAUACACUCACACGUAACAUGGAAAGACAGCAGGUGCAGUCAGGCUGAUCCAGACUUAGGAGCAGAUAAACGAUAGAGUUGAUUCCUUCGUUGUAACUUGAUUUGUUGUCGUAACGGAAAAUUAGAGGAAGGAAUUCGAUUUGCAUGUUUGUUUUUUUUCUUUCUCUCUUAAUGCACACCUUUUAAAGCCUUCUGCCACACACACACACACACACACACACACACACACACACACACACACACACACACACACACACACACACACACACACACACUCACACUCACACUCACACACAGACACACACACACACACACACACUCACGCACAGACAUGGACACAUUGUCAAGCCAUCCUCAGCAGGUCUGUUCAAAGUCAGUCUCUAUGCGGCUCCUCAUUCUAGCUGGUUGUAACAGUGAUGCAGUGCCAGAGUUUGUGUGCGUGGCCUUGUUUUCUCAUACAGACUGCAGAGAUUUUUAACCACUAACCACACACACACACACACACACACACACACACACACACACACACACACACACACACACACACACACACGCACACACACACACACACACACACACACACACACACACACACACACACACACACACACCUUGUGUCCUUUAUACUGCCCUCCUCUGCAUGUGCCCUUAAAGGUCACAAACGAGAACGUCCUUUUUAUCUGCAGAGCGCUGUGGAGAGCGAACACGUCUUUCUCUCCCAGCCGGUCGCAUUUCUAGCCAAACAAGGCCUAAACAAACAGACAAAUAGCCAAACAACCAGUGUUGGGCCUCUUGUUUUGGGUUCAUCGUUCGUCCGUGUGUGUUUUGACAGUCCGUGCAUAUAACUGACCGACCAGUGUUGUGAUGAAUUAAACGUCACGUCAGUUUCCCCCGCUCUAAAAGGAAAGGCUCGUCGCGCUCCCGUUUUUUAACAGUGUUGUGAAGGAUCUCUCUGACAGCUGCUGUCCGAGCAGGGAAAUUAGCUCUGAAUGAAAUUUGCUCCUUAUUCGUCUUAAUUUGCUUCGUUCCCUCUCUCUCUCUCUCUCUCUCUCUCUCUCUCUCUCUCUCUCUCUCUCUCCCUCUAACCCUCUCUCUGCAUUGAUAAAUCCAUUUUGCACAACUGAAGCAUGUGCUCCCUCAUCAGAUUAAUAAAAAUUGUACAAAAAGUUUUACGGUUUUAUUUUAUAUUUUUCCAAUGGAAGUAACGUUCCAGACAAAGGUAAAGUGUAGAAUAUAUUUAAUAUGAAUCUUAUAUAGAACACGAUGACUCUAGAUCUUGUUGAUAUGCAGUAUCAUUGGUGUUUAGUCUAUGAUUGUGUAUGCGGUUCGCUUCUAGCCAGUUCACUCGCUGACAACGUCUUGUGCUAAACGGCAGAAAAAACCUCCCUAAUCAUCGACCGACUGUAUUUUUACUUUUCUUUCUUCUGUUUCUCAUUUAUUUCUUUUUCUUUUUUCAUUUUGUUUAUAAUUUAAUGUAAUCCUUUUUCUUUGUGUGUGUGUGUGUGUGUUCUUUUUUUUCUUCUUUGCUUUGAAAGAAUCGCUUUGUAACAGCACUAGGUCUUAAAAAAAAAAUAUAUUGUUUAUAUUGAUCAGGGUUCAAAUCUGUACAGAGAUAAAUGUUUUCAAACCAAUUGUAAAUAGCACUAAUGCUCCCUGUCCCUCCUCCGAACUUCAAAAUGGAAUAAACAUCUGUAAACUAAAUAAAGAUUAUUGAAGUGC